AUGGUUAAACAGGUUUUGAUUACUGAAGAAAUAGAAAAGGUUAUUGCCCCCACGUAUGAAGAUAUAAAGAAGGAGUUAAUCAACCAAAUUGCCAACCUAGAUGGAGAGUAUGAGAAAAUCACUACAGUUAUAUCGGAUCAGGGAGAGAAAUGGCACACAGAAGUUAAUAGAGUGAUCGACAAGAUGAAGAAUGAAAUAACAGAGAUUAAAGAAAAACACGGCACCAUAUUGGAGAAACAUUUAAAUGAAAUCAAACAGAUCGAAUCCUUAAUUAUAGGAAACUUAUCUGCUUUAAAGGAACUUGAAGAAUCCAAUGAUGUGUCUGUAAUUGUAGAGUACAGACCAAGAAUUAAAGAAUUCAGGAAACUUCCUGCCAAAGUUCAUGUCACACUGCCUUCAUUUUCUCCCAAGUCAAUCAACGGAGAGAAGUUUUACGAAAUGUUUGGAUCCAUAAAACCUUUCGUUUCAACAACAGAUAAAAAUGGCUACAAAAUAAAAUCACCAGAGGUUUCACAAAGAGAGCUGUUAGAUAUACCUGAGAUCAUCAACACAUUUAACACAUGGUAUGAAAAUCUCCGUAGUAUUUCUUUUUACAAUGAAGAAAUCUGGACAAGUGCACAAACUGGGAAUAUAAAAUGCUUCAGUACUGUUGGCAAAUAUAUGAAGACCAUCAAAACAAGAUCAGGAGAAAUGCCAAGUGAUAUAGCUGUCACAAGAGGUGGAAAUCUUGUGUAUUGUGAGUCCAAAUUCAAGACUCUCAAUAAAAUAAACGAUGGAAAGACGGAAGUGAUAAUUAGAUUACAGGGGUGGAAGCCGAAUAAUCUGUGUGUCACCUCUACUGAUGAUUUUCUGGUUAGUUUAUAUAAUGAUGACACAACUCAAUCUAAAGUUGUCCGAUACUUUGGAAGUACAGAGAAACAAACCAUUCAAUUUAAUGAUGAAGGUAAACCUCUGUACUCAGGAAAUUUUUACAUUAAAUACAUCACCGAGAACAGAAACUAUGACAUCUGUGUAGCUGACCCUGGAGCUUAUUCAGUAGUGGUGGUUAAUCAGGCCGGAAAACUCAGAUGGAGAUACACUGGUCAUCCCUCAUGGGCCAAAAGGAAACAGUUUAAACCUCAUGGCAUCACAACAAACAGCCAGAGUCAGAUCCUGACGGCAGACAGCAAAAACCAUUGUAUCCACAUCCUGGACCAGGAUGGACAGUUCUUACGUUACAUCGAAGACGUAAAAGAUCCGUUCGGUGUGUGUGUUGAUAAUCAAGACAACUUGUAUGUUGCCAAGUGGACUGGGAAUGUAAAGAUCUUCAGAUAUCUUAAAUGAAUAACAUUAUAUCAGAUAUCUAUGAUGACUAUAACAUUGUGUAAAUAAUGUAUGCUACAUGUAUAUAUCGUUCAGUUUUUAUGAGAUAAAACUGUAUUCAUUUCACAUUGACUGAAUGAUUUUGUUUUAUCUCCAUUUGAUUCACGUAAU